AUGUGUCUAAGUAGCAUGAAUUUCUGGGACCACAGAGCGUCAUAUCAGCAAACUCAAGCCGAAAUCAGCAUACCUCCUUCAGAAUCGAUGAAUGAUAGCCCCACCACAAGUACAAAUCAACUGCCCUGGCAGAUACCCGGUUUUAAGGACGCCGCGUACAUUCAGGCGGCUGCAGCUGCACCUUUUGUGUAUCCCCACCCUCGGCACACGGGCUCCCCAGACGAGGUUCUGGGCUGCGGGGCAGGCAACCAGGGCCACUCGCAGACGAGGUACGGCAGCCCGGUUGGGGAGUCGGGGGGCUUUUGUGGUGGGACAGGGGGUUUUGAGACGACGUGGCAUCCAGAUUAUCAGACAAAAUGCGAACCCCCGGACUACGCGACAGUGGCGGCGACCAUGGCCGCUGCUGCGGUGUGCAGGCAGGCGCAGUACUUUGAGGAUUUUUGCACCAGAAAAAGGUCUGGGAAAGCAAGGGCCCAUGGGAAUGUGAAUCAGUUGGGCGGGAGCUUCGUCAAUGGACGGCCGCUACCAGAUGAAAUUCGUCAACAAAUAGUUGAGAUGGCUCAGUCCAACGUACGUCCUUGCGACAUAAGUCGACGACUCCGAGUUUCACAUGGAUGUGUCAGCAAGAUUCUCUGCAGGUACAACGAGACGGGAAGCAUCAGACCUGGUGUCAUUGGGGGAUCCAAGCCGAAGGUGGCGACGCCGCAAGUCGUGGAGGCCAUUCACCGAUACAAAGCCGAGACCCCCACUAUGUUCGCCUGGGAGAUUCGAGAUAGGCUGGAGAAAGAUGGCAUUUGCACCCAGGAUACCCUACCUUCUGUAUCUUCAAUCAACAGAAUCGUCAGAAACAAGGACACACGUUAUCCUGUUAGCGACCAAAGUGGCGAAAGCAGCUCCUCUAGCCGUGGAAACACUCAGCGUCCCCCACUGCUUGGUCCCUCACCAUCCCAACCCCAGCAGACCCCAUUAACUCUGGUCUCAUCCUUAAAGAACGAACUGAAAACGGACCAGCCAUUGUCACUCUCGCCUCCCUAUGCCAAGUACACUGACUGUCUUCACCUUAUCCACGGGCCUCCACCCGCAUCUUCGGAAACGAUUGUAGAUGUCCAGGAGCAGAAGUCUAUGUUUGGUUCCUAUCCACCAUCAUCAAUGGAGCUUCCUACAUUUCGUCGACAAGAUGAUGCAUGGUAUCCUGACUACAUACCCUCUGCUCUGGUGGAAGAUGUUGGUGGACAGCCCCACGACAUGAAUGCUCUACAUUCUGUGCUGCAUCCCCGUGAUCUUCUCCUCCAACAGGCGCUAAUGCACAUCCCACCACACUUAGCACCUGUCCCUCCGGGAACCUUCAGUAUCACGGAAUUGAUUAGGCAAAACCACCAACACCAGCACUCGUUUCCAAGGGCAGUUUCUUCAGGAGAUUUGGAGGAGCAACAACGGCUGAGUUGUUCUGGUUACAAUCGCAGUGAUGGAGGAAAUGAGGAAAUCUAUAGAUUUGGUCAGACUAAUUUCCGGUGCUGGCGUGUCCCCUGCACCCAGGCUGGGUUGGUGGUGGCGGCGGCGGGGACGGUGGGACGUCAAGAGGGCGCGUACAAAGACAUUCUCACUGGGGAGAAAGUGCUGACGUGUGCGAGUGCGCACCACAGCCUGCGCCAGCUGGCAGCUCGGCCUGAUGAUCAAAGGACAGAGGGCGAGGGAGAACCGGUGAUUAGCUAUUCCGCAACCCUCAUGAAACCAUCGCGACUGGAUCCAAAACAACACACACUCCUCAAGAAAGCGCAUUCGAAGCCAGAUUCUGAGAGCGACAAUAGCGGUAUCCUGCGCUUCUGCCCGAAUAUAGCAGAAGUCCUGAAUAACAAUAUCACUGCGACCAAACGUGAUACCGACAUCUACUCGGGCCCCAUCACAAUGCCCGUGUGUUCCCUCGACAUCCGUCAUCCUCAACCACAGCCAUCCUCGUGCCGAUAUGUUGUGCCACCAGAGACACCGUCUAAGGACGCUUGUGACUACGGGAACUACACCGAGAACGGAUACGGCCAUGCUCAAGCACCAACGCACAUCCUUUCGCAAGACGAAUCUGAAUCGUUCAUGGAAAUUUAA